GUCAUGAUGGCGGAACUGUAGUGUUUAGGACUAGAAAAGUAUUAUCCGCCCAGCAGUUCACUUAUUUAUUUAUUUAUUUAUUUAUCUAUCAUUUCCCCACAAUGUCCCGCUGGAUUCCAACAAAACAAGAGAAAUAUGGCGUUGCAAUCUAUAAUUAUGACUCCAGAAGAGAGCAGGAGCUGUGUCUCCAGGUGGGAGACACUGUACACAUACUUGAGACAUUUGAAGACUGGUAUAGAGGGUACACAAUACGGAACAAAGCACAGAAGGGCAUUUUCCCAGCCUCGUAUAUCCAUCUAAAGGAGGCUAAAGUUGAAGGGACAGGCCAGCAGGAAAUAGUUAUCCCAGGAGACCUACCACUGGUACUGGAGUUAGGCGCCACUCUGAGGGAAUGGGCACAAAUAUGGCACAAGCUAUAUGUGAACAACAAGACCACUCUGUUCAGGGCCGUACAACAGAUGGCCUACAGCCUCAUCGAGUAUCGAUCUCAGAUAGUGUCUGGAACAUUGCCCAAGGAUGACCUUGUGGAGCUCAGGAAGAAAGUCACAGCUAAGAUUGAUUAUGGAAACCGGAUUCUAGGGUUGGACCUGGUGGUGCGAGAUGACGCAGGGAACACUCUGGACCCGGACUGCACAAGCACAGUCAAUCUAUUCCGAGCCUUUGAGACUGCAUCCCGCAGUAUAGAUGACAGAAUACAAGAGGAGAAGACCCGGAAGCAGAAUCUGGAGAUGCGGCGCCAGUCCCUGUUUAGCAGAGUGCACACAUACAGUCUCCUCAUGAACCUCAAGAACUUUGUUUGUAACAUCGGGGAGGAUGCAGAGCUGCUUAUGUCACUCUAUGACCCUGACCAGUCAGAGUUCAUCAGUGAGAACUUCCUGGUGCGCUGGGACAGCAUGGGCAUGCCCAAAGAGAUUGAGAAACUCAACAAUCUGCCUGCCCUCUUCACGGAUCUGAGCAGCAGUGACCUGAUUAGGCCACGUCUCUUCCUCGUCUGUCAGAUUAUCAGGGUGGGCAGCAUGGAACUCAAGGAGGGCAAGAAACACACAGGAGGGUUAAGGAGACCAUUUGGUGUAGCUGUGAUGGACAUCACAGAUAUCGCCCAUGGGAAAGCAGAUGAUGAGGAGAAGCAGCAUUUCAUCCCCUUUCAGCAGAUAGCAAUGGAGACCUACAUCCGUCAGAGGCAACUCAUCAUGUCACCUCUCCUCCCAUCCCGGGUCAUUGGAGAGAAUGAGCCUCUCACUGCCGUCUUCAACAAAGUCAUUAACACCCGGGAGGUUAACCACAAGGGCCAGGGACUGUUUGUGACCUUAAAGCUACUUCCUGGUGACCUAUCCCAGGUCAGGAAGGACUACUCCCACUUUGUGGAUCGCACCACCGCCAUUGUUAGAAAGAUGGGCUUCCCUGAGAUCAUCCUCCCAGGAUAUGUGAGGAACGAUAUAUAUGUGACCUUGCUGCAGGGGGAGUUUGACCGUGGUAAAAAAACGUCACCCAAAAAUGUUGAGGUGAUGUUGAGUGUACUAGAUGACGAUGGCAAUCUCAUGGAGAAAGCAAUAUUUCCUGGAGCUGGAUAUGAUGGGAUCACAGAGUACAAGUCUGUAAUUUACUACCAGGUCAAGCAGCCGAGCUGGAAUGAAACAGUCAAGGUGACUAUUCCGAUUGAAGAUGUGGGCCACUGUCAUCUCAGGGUGAUGUUUCGACACAGAUCAUCUCAGGACUCUAGAGACAAAUCAGAAAAGCCAUUUGGCAUGGCGUUCGUCCGCCUGAUGAAAGGAGACGGAACCACACUGAGAGACGGCAGACAUGACCUCAUUGUCUACAAGGUUGAUGUAAAGAAGACUGAGGAUGCAAAGACAUACCUGACUCUGCCAGGCUCCUGGGCUGAGGUGGAGGAGAAGGAGAGGCAGACAGGGAGAACCUUUCAGCAUUCAGGAGUCAUCCCAGUCACAAAGGACAGCUUCCAGAUUGGCACUCUCACCUGUUCCACUAAACUCACCCAGAAUGUGGAUCUCCUGGGCCUGUUGAACUGGAGGUCCAACCCUGAACAGCUGGACCAGAACCUGCAGCGCCUAAUGGAGGUAGAGGGAGGAGAGAUUGUCAAAUUUCUACAGGACACACUUGAUGCCCUGUUCAACAUCAUGAUGGAGACUUCAGAGAAGGACACCUAUGACAAUCUGGUCUUUAAUGCUCUGGUGUUCAUAAUCACACUGAUUGGAGACAUCAAGUUCCAGCACUUUAACCCAGUACUGGAGACAUACAUCAACAAACACUUCAGUGCCACUUUGGCUUAUAUGAAGCUGACCAAGGUUCUGAAUUACUAUGUGGGCCAUGCAGAUAAGCCUGUCCUAACAGAGGGGCUGUACUCAGCCCUCAAAGCCCUCAAGUACCUGUUCAGGUUCAUUGUGCAGUCCCGGGUCCUCUACCUCAGAUUCUAUGGGACCAGUGAGGAUGGGGAUGCUUUCUUUAACUCCAUCCGGACACUCUUCCUCUCCUUCAACACACUCAUGGACAGACCGCUAGACGAGGGAGUGAAGAUAAAGGGGGCGAUACUGAAAUACCUCCCCACCAUCAUUAAUGACAUAAAAAAUGUCUUUGACCCUGUGGAGCUCAGUGUUCUUCUGACCAAGUUCAUCGAGAGCAUCCCUGACUCUCAGCUGGUGCGCCAGAAGCUUGGUUGCAUGUGUAAGAUGGUGGAGAGUGGCCUUUUCAAAAAGCCAGAGUGUCGAGAUGUCCUCUUGCCACUGUUGACUGACCAGCUGAGUGGGCAGCUGGAUGACCACUCCAAUAAGCCUGACCACGAGGCCUGUGUUCAGCUGCUCAGCACUGUGCUUGACAACCUGGACCACAAGGAUGUGGGUCCAACCCGGGGUCAUGUCCAGCUGAUUAUGGAGCGGCUGCUUCGCAGGGUCAAUCGCACUGUCAUCAGCAUGAGCAGAACCUCCCCUCUCAUUGGUCAUUACCUAGCCUGCAUGACUGCCAUCUUGAAGCAGAUGGAUGACAUGCACUACGCCCACUACAUAAGUACUUUCAAGACCAGACAGGACAUUAUUGACUUCCUGAUGGAGACAUUCAUCAUGUUUAAGGACCUGAUGGGGAACGUUUUCCCCUCUGACUGGAUGACCAUGAACCUUCUGCAGAUUGGGGUGUUUCUGCGGGCCAUCAACCAGUACUCUGAGGUCCUCAACAUGUACUUCCUAGACCAGACCCACUUUGAGCUGCAGCUAUGGAACAACUACUUCCAUCUGACUGUGGCAUUCCUUACCCACAAGUCAUUGCAGCUGGAAUCCUUCUCUCAAGAGAAACGGAACAAAAUACUUAACAAGUAUGGAGACAUGAGGAAGAGCAUUGGAUUUAAGAUCAGAGACAUGUGGUAUAAUCUUGGCCCCCACAAGAUGAAAUUCAUCCCUGCCAUGGUGGGGCCCAUCCUGAAGGCUACCCUGGUGCCUGAGCCAGAGCUUAGGAAAGCCACCAUCCCCAUCUUCUUUGACAUGAUGCAGUGUGAGCACAACUUCACUCCCAGCCGUACCUUUGACAUGUUUGAGAAUGAACUGAUCACCAAGUUGGAUCAGGAAGUAGAGGGAGGCAGUGGGGAUGAACAGUACAAAAUCUUGCUGGAGAAAACGCUACUGGAGCACUGCCGGAGGCACAGAUACCUGUCUCAGUCAGGGGAGGAGCUGGCUCUGCUGCUCAGUAGUCUGCUGGAGAAGCUACUGGCAUACCGCACCAUCACACAUGACGAGAGCCCUGAGCUCCGCAUGAGCUGCACUGUCAACGUCCUGAAUUUCUAUAAAGAGAAGAAACGGGAAGACAUUUACAUACGGUAUCUGUACAAGCUGAGGGAUUUACACCUUGUCUGUGAGAACUACACAGAGGCAGCCUAUACCCUGUUACUUCAUGCCGAACUCCUUGAGUGGUCUGACAAGCCCUGUGCACCUCAUCUGAUCCCCGGUGACGGCCAACAUGUCUGGACCCAGCAGGAGCUCAAAGAGAGGCUCUUCCAGGAGAUAAUCUGUUACCUGGACAAGGGCAAAAUGUGGGAGAAAGCCAUUGAGAUGGGUAAACAGCUGGCAAAGAUGCACGAGAACCAGAUGUUUGACUUCAUGGAGAUUAGCCAACUGCUGAAACAGCAAGCCCAGUUCUUUGAGAAUAUAAUGCAUGCCAUGCGGCCUCAGCCAGAAUACUUUGCUGUGGGAUACUAUGGCCUUGGAUUCCCCACUUUCCUCAGAAACAAGGUGUUCAUCUACCGUGGUAAGGAGUACGAGUGGCUGCAGGACUUCAGUCUGAAGCUGCUGUCUCAGUUCCCAAACGCCGCCAGGAUGACCAGCACAGCGCCCCCUGGGGACAACAUCUGUAACUCCCAAGGACAGCACAUCCAGUGUUUUACAGUCAAGCCAGUCCUUACUGUGCCCACCCAGUUCAAAGACAAGGGGGUCCCUGAGCAGAUUCUAAACUACUACAGAACCAAUGAAGUGGACCAGUUCCAGUAUUCCAGACCCUUCAGGAAAGGUGCAAAGAACCCAGACAAUGAAUUUGCAACCAUGUGGAUCGAGAGGACAACUUACAUCACGUCCUAUUACUUCCCAGGGAUUCUAAAAUGGUUUGAAGUGAAGUCCAUCUCUGUUGAGGAGAUCAGCCCCCUGCAGAAUGCUGUGGAAACCAUGGAGAUGGCCAAUGAGAAGCUCAGUAACCUGGUGCAGCAGCAGGCCUGUGACAGCUCCACGUCAGUCCACCCACUCUCCAUGAUGCUCAAUGGCAUUGUUGACCCUGCCGUCAUGGGUGGCUACACCAACUAUGAGAAGGCGUUCUUCACUGACACCUACAUACAUGAACACCCAGAGGACCUUGAGAGCAUUGAGGUCCUCAAACAUCUUAUUGCCCUCCAGAUCCCUCUCCUGGCUGAUGGGAUCCGGAUCCACGGGGAGAAAUCCACGGAGCAGCUGAAGCCCUUACACAAUCGCCUGCUCACCUGUUUCUCUGACCUGCGGGAGAGAGUGGAGAAGCAUUACGGCGUCAUAACCCUGCCCUGCUCGCUGACUGAGAGGAAGAAGAGUCGCGUGGGCUCAGUAGUGAUUCCCUACAUCCUGUCCUCCACCCUGCGCCGCAUGUCCACCGUCUCCAUCAUCUCCACCACCUCCUCAGGCCUCUCCAGCGGCUCCGCCUCAUCUGAUGGACCCUCACGGCGCUCCUCCUCCCAGGAGUCAGUCCUUCACCUCCUCCUCUUUCCUCCUUCCUUCUCCCUCCUCCUCCCAGGAGACAGUCCCCCUCCUCCCUCCCUUCUCCCUAGCUGUGUUUCUCUCUUUGUGCUGCUCUGGUGGUCAAUUUGUGUUGCUAUGUUUGUAAGGAGUAUUUGUCUGUGCUUUUCCACAUCUCACAGUGUGACAUUGUCUGAUGUCUUGCACAUGCCAAUGAAUCCCUCUAACUGUACACCCCCUACCCCCCCAUUUCUCUCACUCUCUCUUUCUCUAUCUGUCCUGAUAUCCAUCAUCAGUUCACUGUUGUCCCGUGCCACCGCCAAUGAUCGCCGGGCCUCGAUGUUGUCCCGCUCGGAAGAUGACAACCGGAUUGGCCGAAAGAACAGAAAAGAAUGGAGUGUGAGCAAGUCACAGGUUUUGGUGGAGAGACAGCCAGACAUAGAUGAGCAGACCCUUCCAGAGAAGCAGCAGAGACCCAAAAGCCUACAGUUUGGGGACCGUCGCCUGACCCUGUCUCUGUUCCAGGGAGCCUCUUCUCAGCUCAGCCUUAGCAACCCUCUCAGCCCCCUGCCAGCCUCUCCUCACACUCCUCGCAGCUCCAGUUAUUCAUCUCUCCUUGAAGAUAAUGAUGCCAUCACUGACACUCCUGGGACACCCCCACCCAUGCCACCAAAGAAACAUCCCCACGAGAUGUUUGACCUCCCCCAAAACUCCUCUGAGUUCCUUCCUCCUCUGCCUCAGAAAAUUGAAAGCAAGCCCCCUCCACCUCCUCCUAAGACCAGGAAGUCUAUGUUCCCCGGCUCCUACGAGCACAGUCCUCAGUGAGGAUCCUCCACCUGCUGCCUGGGAUGGCUUGGUUUAUUUUGUGGUACUGUAGCACUUUAUUGUUACAUAACUAUUACAGGACCAGUACCUGUUAUGUACUUCAGAAUUACAUGUCAACAAUUGAUAUAGCUGAUUCUUACGACAAGUGAGAACCAACCAACUGGUUCUUGUGGUGUAUGUGCCCUGUGAAUAUCUAAGAAACAAGCAUACAGUUAAGUCAUUAAAACUCUCCCCAAAUUUCUUGUUAAUAAACUAUAGUUUUGGCAAGUCGGUUAGGACAUCUACUUUGUGCACUGCACAAGUCAUUUUUUCAAAAAUUGUUUACAGACAGAUUAUUUCACUUAUAAUUCACUGUAUCACAAUUCCAGUGGGUCAGAAGAUUACAUGCACUUCGUUGACUGUGCCUUUAAACAGCUUGGAAAAUUCCAGAAAAUUAUGCCAUGGCUAAUUGGCAUCUAUUAUGAUAGGCUAAUUGACAUCAUUUGAAUCAAUUGGAGGUCUACCCGUGAAUGUAUUUCAAGGCCUACCUUCAAACUGAAACCAAGAACUCAAGAACUCAGAAAAUAAUUAUAAACCUCCACAAGUCUGGUUCAUCCAUGGGAACAAUUUCCAAACACCUGAAUGUACCACGUUCAUCUGUACACACAAUGGUACGCAAGUAUAAACACCAUGGGACCACGCAGCCGUCAUAUCGCUCAGGAAGGAGACGCGUUCUGUCUCCUAGAGAUGAACGUACUUUGGUGCGAAAAGUGCAAAUCAAUCAUAGAACAACAGCAAAGGACCUUGUGAAGAUGCUGGAGGAAACAGGUACAAAAGUAUAUAUAUCCACAGUAAAACGAGUCCUAUAUCGACAUAACCUGAAAUGCCGCUCAGCAAGGAAGAAGCCACUGCUCCAAAACCACCAUAAAAAAGCCUGAUUACGGUUUGCAACUGCACAUGGGGACAAAGAUCGUACUUUUUGGAGAAAUGUCCUCUGGUCUGAUGAAACAAAAAUAAAACUGUUUGGCCAUAAUGACCAUCGUUAUGUUUGAAGGGAAAAGGGGGAGGCUUGCAAGCCAAAGAACACCAUCCCAACCGUGAAGCACGGGGGUGGCAGCAUCAUGUUGUGGGGGUGCUUUGCUGCAGAAGAGACUGGUACACUUCACAAAAUAGAUGGCAUCAUGUGGUAGGAAAAUGAUGUGGCUAUAUUGAAGCAACAUCUCAAGACAUCUUAAGUCAGGAAGUUAAAGGUUGGUCGCAAAUGGGUCUUCCAAAUGGACAAUGACCCCAAGCAUACUUCCAAAGUUGUGGCAAAAUAGCUUAAGGACAACAAAGUCAAGGUAUUGGAGUGGCCAUCACAAAGCCCUGACCUCAAUCCCAAUAACAUUUGUGGGCAGAACUGAAAAAGCAGGUGCGAGCAAGGAGGCCUACAAACCUGACUCAGUUACACCAGCUCUGUCAGGAGGAAUGGGCCAAAAUUCACCCAACGUAUUGUGGAAAGCUUGUGGAAGGCUACCCGAAACGUUAAACAAUUUAAAGGAAAUGCUACCAAAUACUAAUUGAGUAUAUGUGAACUUCUGACCCACUGGGAAUGUGAUGAAAGAAAUAAAAGCUGAAAUAAAUCAUUCUCUCUAUUAUUAUUCUGACAUUUCACAUUCUUAUAACAAAGUGGUGAUCCUAACUGACCUAAGACAGGGGAUUUUUACUAGGAUUAAAUGUCAGGAAUUGUGAAAAACUGAGUUUAAAUGCAUUUGGCCAAGGUGUAUGUAAACUUCUGACUUCAACUGUAUUGCUGAAAAAGUAGUAAUAACGGUGACCGUAACACAUUUCCCAAGGGACUUUGAAAUGGUGUUGUAUAUAUUUUAUAUCACUGCUAGGUAAGGGAAUGACCAAAGCUUCAAUUUUAUCAUUUGUCAUUAUGUGUUAGAAUCACACUGAACUGUUAAUAAAUUCCGGUGCAUUCUUCACAAAAAAGCACAGGCAAUGACUGCAUUUUAAUGUUUUAUUAUGUGAUAUAGCUAGGUGAAAACCUUUUAAUUAGAAUCACUAUUACUGAUCAAAGGCAGGGAAUGUGUGGUAUGUGAUUCACAACUGGUUUCAGCACGCAGAGGCUUGGAUUCUGUUGUUGUUGAUUAUAUAGUUUACAUCUAUGGUUGCAUCAGCACUGACCUAAAAUGACAGUAAAUGCCACCCCUUGACGUUUUGGUUCUCUUUGCCCCGUCAUGGUCAUAGCACAUAGUACAUGCAUAGUAGUCCUUUUUGAAGGAACUGAGAUUGUAAUCAAAAUGGCAUUUUCCCCAAAUCAUUGAAUCAGUAGUAUUUGUCUAAGAUAAAGUCAAAUUGAAUAACCUUGACUGACUCAUAAUACUGUGUAGCUAUGCAUUAAAUAAAAUCAAAUGUAAUUUGUCACAUGCUUUGUAAACAACAGGGAAAUGCUUACUUACGGGGCCUUCCCAACAAUGCAGAGAGGAAAAAAGAGAAAUAAUCAAAAAAUAAUAGCACAAGGAAUAAAUACACAAUGAAUAACGAUAAUUUUACUAUAUACACAGGGUACCAGGGGUAUGAGGUAGUUGAGGUAGAUACAGUAUGUACAUAUAGGUAGGAAUCUUACAUAAUUCUGUGAUGUAAGCACACUAAGAUAUGCAAGUACCUCAAUGAUAUCACAUUUUUUAGAGACAUGCACUGGAUUGAAUUCAUGUAAAUUUGAUUUUAUUGUAUAUUUUUAUUUUUAAGAACCAACUUCUUUAUAUCUUGACCUCUUGCUUUCUAUACAAAUCAGCUUAAUCUAUUUCGUUGAAGCAAGUUCUCAUUUAUGGUAGAGAGAGAAUGUUUUUUUGUACAGUUUUUUCAACAGAACAUUGUACAAAUGGCAGCAACAUGCUGAAUUGUGAGUACAACUUACAUUUGAAAAUAAGAAUUGUCAAUACUAACUAAAACACAAUAAAAAACAGAUGUAGCCAAUGAGAAAUGUACAAAUAAUGUUCACCAACAACUAUUAAGCAGGCGAACAAUGGCUGGGAUGGCGCUGCAACGGAAACACUCAGUCCUUCAGUGGAUCAGUUAAGUUGUGGAGUGGGUCACGUGUACACUAACAGAUGAUCGUUUAGAGCAUAUGGUGGUACGGAUGGGAUUGCGAAGGAUCUUGAGAGACUCCUUGCGUGUGUAGAGUGAUGGUAGGUCCAGAUUGGUGCAUGUAUCGGAGUAGGAGGUGUAGUCUGCCCAUGAUGAUCUGUACUGCUCUUCUCUGGUCCCUCUCAAUGGUGUCCCUUGGUUAGCCCUGAAUGCCACACUGGAGCAGCAUAUUCCUCCACUAGUCGGAUGUAGGUGGUGAAAACCAUUACCAGGUCCAAAUAUAUACAUUCUAUACUUUUUUUAAAAUUCAGUCUUGUUUUUUUAUGCAGUGCUCCUGUUGUCUGCUGAAUUGCUCAUCCAUGCAUGUGAUGUAUUUCAGGAAUUACAGGUUUGAUUUAUAUAGUGCAAGAAUGAGUCUUUUAUUUUCGAAGGGAACUAACCUUUUUGUUUGAGUUUUUCUAACAAUGAUCAGAACAGAUAUUUGGUAAAGAGAUUUAUAGCUAUGAACUAGCAUGAAGAAAUGUAAUAUACAUUUUUGACCAAUAAAACUUGUAAAGCCGACCAUAACAGAAAUAAAUAAUUUAAUAAAU